ACUUGGUGCAAGGUCUGGACUAUACGGCGGAUGCAAAAUAACCUCCCAUCCGAGCUCCCGGAGCUUCUGGCGUGUCACCAAAGAAGUGUGUGGCCUGGCGUUGUCCUGAUGGAAGACAAGGCGGCCUCUGUUUAUCAAAGAUGGCCUCUUCUUCAUGAGUGCUACCUUCAAGCGGUCCAGUUGUUGGCAGUACAGGUCCAUAAACUGCACAAAUUUUAUUGGCAGCUUGAGAUGCAUUUUUGCCUUUGUCAUAGUAGUACUGUAAAAUAUGUCGGAUUUUCUCUUUAUUUUGCUCCAUAUUUGCGACACUAUAACUCACGAACGACUUAACCAAACAAAACACUGUCAAGGACUAUAUUAUAGCGCGCAAAAAUACCUUUCCAACAAGCUAUAGUAUGACUCGAUACAAUGAAUACAACUAGAACUACGUGCUUACAAAGACACCUCGCGGAAAUACCGCAGGACUUUUUUGACAGCCUAAUAUUAUACAAAUGAUAUACAUGUAUUGGGGAGUAGAACAUUUUAUGUUAUCUUUCAGCACAUUUAAUGUAAUAAAUCGGGAUGCAAGAAAAUGUGCUAAAAAUUAACUUUGGGUGUAGAAACUUGAAUUUCAUGCUCAAUACAAAACUGGUCAAGAAAAAGAUCGCGAAUCACCUGAACGUUCUAAAAGCGAUUAAAGGAAGGCUGAAAGGCAGUCCACGGGACUCCCUUUUGAUUAUUUUCAAAAGCUGGAUAAUCUCACGACUGAUGUAUGGUAUCAUCCUCACUAGUAAAGCGGAUAAAUAUUUUAAAAUCACGGGUGCGUUUUACAGUAGUCCUAUUAAGAGUCUACUAGCUGAAAUAGGUGAAUCACCUUUCGAGAUGGUAUGUGUGCCGAGGAUGGUCCAGGCGCUAGUUAGGUGGAAGAGUGCCUAACCAACCUAUCGAUUGACACCCCAUGCGGGGUUAGGGCCAGACAAAAAUAUCAAACCCUAACGGGGAGAUACUGCCUUGCCCAAUGCGGUUAAGCCGAUGCUCUCCUAGAGCCUGGGAUGCCGUUCCUCCCACCAUCAGCUGGAGGAUAAAACGGUUUGUUAGGGCUGGGGAUAACCUCCAGAAGGUGCAAGCGGUGGUGAACGAGGCCCUACGUACUGACUUUGCUAACAAACGCAUUGUCUAUACUGACGGGUCCGUCACAGAUGACGCCUCAGCCAUUGGGAUACUCGACGGUAAUGCUAAGACUAGCAUGAGAGUUCCCAAUGAGUUAAACAUUUUCUCGUGUGAAGCUCUCGCCAUUAAGUUGGCAUUAGAGAGCGUCACCGAUGCUAAAAGCGUGGUUGUUUGUUUGGAUUCGGCGAGCGUCUUCAAAGCUGUAGAGGGUGGUAAUAUCAAACACCCCAUCAUUCAAGAAAUUGAAGAGCAGCUGAGAGGAAGUAGUGUUGGAUUCCGGGUCACACCGGGAUCCCGGGGAACGAGGAAGCCGAUCGGCUUGCUAACGAAGGGCGGAGUGGUUCUAUUACCAGUAUGGGUAUACCUGGUUAGGACCUCAUUAGAAGGGCGAACAGUUCCAUUCUCCUCACUUGGGAGGCUGAAUGGAGUCGUGGAAGGGACCUGCAGUUAGCAUCAACCCCGGUGGCCUAGAUGUCGUUUUGCAGAACGACACAUGGAAAGAAAGAGACACUCUGGAUUUCUAGUUGAUUGAUCAUUGUUGAGUUAUUUAUAGAACAGCAGCCCGAUGUUUCUUGCAGAGCACAGCAGUUGUAUGGAUGAGUCGAUCUUAUUUCGACCGUGGGUCGAUCUCCAUCGCUGAUGAUUGUUGCGUGGACGUAGUUAUUCUGUAACAACACAAAGAUGGUCAAAUAGAAGAUGAAUCAAUGAACAGUUCUGCGAUUGGACCCAUGAUCGUAAGUAAGAAAACGUGAAUGUUUGCAGGUAUUGGUAACAAAAAAUAAAUUUUGGACGGGACGAAGUUUGCCGGACAAUUUUAUAAAUAUAAAGUAGACAAACCGAGAUCAUAUUUUCGACUGGACAAACCAACAUCAAAUGCCCUACACGCGUAAAUCUUCUUUUGUUGAAUAGAUGUCACUCGUUGUCCAUUGGGCAUAUAUUCGCCGUUUCUAGUUCUAACAAAUCAAAGCCAUGUGCUCAUUAAAUGGUCAUUGUAGUCCAAGCAUUUUUAGUCAAGCACUCCCAAAAGUUUACUGUUACAUGAGUAAUCACCCCACAAAAACAUUUUUAUCAUGAUUUCUUUACAUGACUCGAAUAAAUAGUUCCGAUGCUCAACAGCGAUAUUUUUUCUUGUACUAUCUUCACUUUAGGGUCACUACCGUUAACAAUUGAGGCCCAAUCCGGUCUACAGAUUGUAAGAUAUUGUGUAAUCGAAAGAAGAGGACUGGAGACACCUCGCUAAUGGUUUUCAAUAGACUGCUGUUCUAUGUUUCUUGUAAAAGUAUUCAAAGCUUCAACCUGCAACAACCAACAAUCUUCAACAACCUUCAUUUGUAUAAGUAUAAUACGGGUUCCAUUGAUUCCAUAUUAAGUUUUUAUGAAGUUCAUUAUACAAAUGUUCCCAUUGUCCCAAAUGUGCAUUGGAUUUCAGCUUUCAUUAUGGAAAUGUCAUCAAAAGACAGUUUGUUAGGAAAGGCAAAUUGAACAGUUUCAUCUGUGAAGAGCGAUUGUGGUUUGUUCUGGGGCAGAGAGUGUCUCUGAAAUUCAUAUAUUCAAUGAAAUUGAAUAGAGUCGAACAGAACCGUUAACUUGCGUGAUCAGAAGGCUGUAUUCGAAUACAGAAAUAACGAGUUUACGCAAUCCAAACAACAAUAUCAUAGAAUUGAUAGCUAACCCUCACGGUUGAAAUAGUUGGAAACUAAACAAAACGACCCAAAAAUUUUAUCAGAAGUGGGAGGAGUCUCCCGUUGCAACGAUAUUCUAUCGUUGGCUAUAUCAAAUUACGGAGGAGGAAAAUCCGUGUCGUUGGCAUAAAAAAAACCCACAAAUGUUCAACCAUCCAUCAUUUAAUAGCAGUGUGUUUUCGAAUUUUGCGCGUGAUAUAUCGUCAAACCAAACCGAAGUGAAAUAUUGAAAAAUGAUUAAAUUUUAUGUGAUUAUUCUAGUUUUCCUUCAAAUUAGGGAAAGCGUGUUGAUCAACUGUGACAAUGAACCCAAAUCUACCGAGGCAACACUGAAAAAGAAGCUGUUUUGCAAUAAGUACGACAAAUCGGAGCGGCCGGUCAAAAGCCAUACGGAUGCUGUAAAUGUGACAAUGCAUAUGGUACUGCAGAAUUUUGAUUUCGAUGAUAAUUUACAAAAACUUUUCCUCAACGUUUGGUUGUUGCUGACUUGGAAGGAUGAAUAUUUAACCUGGAAUGCAAUGGAAUAUGGUGGAAUGAAGGAACUCAUCGUUGAGUCCGAUGACAUAUGGCUGCCGGACAUGAUGCCCUACUCAGCUUAUUACAGCAACAAUUUGGAUGCGUCAUGUACCACUCCCAAGUGCAGUUUGGAGAGCAACGGUUUGGUUAAAUGUGUUCCCGCCUGCGAGUACCACCUGCUCUGUAUAUCCGAUUUCACCAAUUGGCCCUUCGAUCGCCAGAACUGUACGGUGCGCUUCGGAAUGUGGUCGGAAUAUUCGAAGGAAGUUAAUCUGUUACAAAACGGAUCAUCUCUCGCGUCGGAUGAAACGAAUACCCACAACCAGUGGAAGAUUCUGUCGGUGGCAACUGGGCGCCAAGAGGCGGUUGUGAUUAGCAAAACGGAAACGCUGACCUAUCCGUCACUGAUUUUCAGGUACAUCCUGGAGCGGCACUCCGGAUCGCACUGCGCAAUGAUUUUGACACCUGUCUUCGUGAUGGUUUCGUUCAAUCUGAUAGCACUAUGGUUGCAUUGUUCAUCAGUGGAGCGGUUAUUUCUGCUAGGUGCCAACAUAUCGAUUCAUUUCUUGUUCAUGCAAAGCCUCUACUGGCAAAUACCGUUCAACGGAUCAGCGGUGCCAUUAUUUAUGAUCUUCUUCCGAGACUCUCUCGUGCUGACGGCAAGCAUUCUCGUGCUGUCGGUGUAUUUAAGGCAUCUUAACUUGAAAGAGGCGGAAGCUCCAACGGUCCUCGUAGGAUUUGUGACUGCUAUAACCGGGAGCACUAUUGGUCAGUACAUCUUCACUGUAAAACCUUCAUCCGCUCAGGAUAUGGAACAAGUGUCAAACAUUCACCGGGGUGCGAAGACCACUGAUGAAAGCACAGCCGAUACGGCUGUUUUAGUUGGUGAAGAGGAAAACGUUGCUGAUGGGAAAACUGUUGGCAAAAGUGGUGUUUAUGGGACAUUGUCAUCCAUUCUGGACAGAUUAUUGUGUGUAGGAAUCGUGAUUACAUAUACCUUCAUGUUGGUGACUCUGAUUCCCCGAUAUUAAAGUAAACAAAUUUCUUUUUUUACAUAACGUUUUACAUAACGUACAUAAUGAUUUUGUCCAGCUUUUGGUUUCAUUUUAGAUGUGAUAAGGACUAUUCUUGAAAGAGAAAUGCUUCGUUAUUUGGUCAAUAUAACAUUACAAAAUAAAUGUUUGUUUUUUCCUUGGUUGAAUUUGCAUUA